AUGGACGAUCUAGCUGGCCUUGACUGGUCCCAGCCCGCCAAAAAGCCCAUCAACACCCCCACGGCCUUCCCUCCAUACCGCCAGAGCCCCACACCGCAACUAUCUGGCCGCUCGACGCCCCUCGUUGGGCUUUCCACGCAGCAAUCGGGAGCUCGAGCAUCUCCUGCUGCUGCGUCCGCCUUCAAGCCGCCGUCGAAACCUGCGACCCCCGCAAACGACAGCUUCGCUGGUCUCGUGUCCAUCAACAGCGGUAAAGCUGCGAUCAACAACCUCUCGCUACAAGAACGACAGAAGCAAAUACAGGACGAGAAGCUGAAGCAAGAAGCGGAGCGGCGGAAACAAUAUGACGCGACCUUUGGAGGUGCAGACUCAAGCCAUUGGGACACUCUAGGCGGUGGGAAGGGCACACCAGAGCCUGCAGCAUUUGGUGCGAUUCGACCAGCUGCAAAUGCGACCGCGAACCAGGGUUUAUCAAGGACGAUCAACAAGCCAUUUGCGGGCUUAGAUACGAGUGCUAAGCGAUCUGUCCAGUCUCCACCCGCUGAAGAUGACCUUCUGGCUGCCUUCAACUCGGCGGCACCAGUUGAUGCGUCAAGUCACUUCCCCCCCGCUGCACAUGGUAGCGGCCGAAGCACACCCGCCGUCAGUGCGAACGUUUCUCGAGGCCAAACACCGCUGCCACAGGCCACUGCGAACAAUACAUUCCAAGACGACGACGAUGAUAUGUUCGGUCUCAAGCAGAUGGCACAAAAAUCUGCCGCGCCAGUUCCACCGCCGCAAACAAACGAUGACGACGAUGACAUACUUGGAUUGCUAGGAAAGCCUGUGUCGGAAUUCGAGCAGCAACAGAAGCAGGCUCGGCAAGUCGAGGAGCGCCAACAGGCACGUCAAGAGGCACGACAACCGUCCCCACGGCCUAUGAACGAUCAAGAUAAGGCAGUUGCCGAGCUGGUGGAUAUGGGCUUCCCAGCGGAUAGGUCCGCGAUUGCACUUGCAACAACGGAAUCGGGACUUGAUGUGCAAGCAGCAGUGGGUUGGCUGUUAAAUCAGGCGCACGCGGAGGCGAAACAAAAGACCGAAAGCCGCAGCCAAGAUCGAUCACGGCGAGACCCGGAAGAGUUUGAGGACCGGCCAAGGCGCAAUGAUAGCAGGUCCAACACAAGACGAACUCGAGAGACUGAGGCUGUGCCGGCGUGGAUGAAGGGCGAGGAAGGACGGAGUCGAUCCGGACAGCGCAAAAGAGAGGAGGGCGGUCAGGAAAAGGAUGUCACUCAAAUGGCUUCUGAGAUCGGUACCAGUCUGUUCAAGUCGGCAAACUCGCUAUGGAAGACUGGGCGGAAACAGGUGCAGAAGGCUGUGGCAGACUUUCAACAAGAUGGCGACCCAAAUAUGCCCAAGUGGAUGCGCGAUGCUCAGGCCGCAGAGAAUGCACCCCAGAAAUCUGGCAAGCAAAGAGCUGCAGCAAAUGCUACUGACGAAGCAAUGAUGCUAGAGGCGGGUGGACGACCCUCCAAGCCGUCUCGAUCUAACGAAUCGAGAAUACCGCCCGUCUCUUCCUCCGCGCUCAAUUCCUCCGCAUCCGAUCGUCAAAAAGGCUCCGAAGCAUUCAAGCGCGGCGACUACACGGCUGCGCACGCUGCGUACUCGUCUGCACUUAGUCCUCUUCCCCAAUCGCAUCCAGUCACAAUCGUCGUGCUCUGCAAUCGUGCCGUCACCAACAUCAAGGUUGGUGACCCAAAGGCUGCUAUUGCGGAUGCCGAUGCAGCCUUAUCUAUAAUCGGCAUAUCGCGGGGAGAAGGCGAGAAGAUUGCUACAGGCGGUGUGGAAGGCGAGAAAGACAUGAAAGAGUUCUAUGGGAAAGCCUUGAUGCGCAAAGCCGAAGCGCUCGAGAACAUGGAGAAAUGGGGCGAUGCUCACAAAGUAUGGAAAGAAGCAGUGCAGAACGGCGUUGGUGGUGCCAUCAGCAUCUCAGGUCGCAAUCGCUGCGAAAAGGCUGCAAGUGGUGGGAACAAGUCCGCCCCUGCGGCUCGCCCGGCACCUGCUCGCAAACCCGCACCAAGGCCAUCUGCAAUGUCCGAUCUUGGUGGUGGGGCUGCGAAGGACUCCGAAGCUGUGAAGCGCAUGAAAGCAGCCAAUGCUGCAGCCGAGAAAGCAGAUGACGAGAAGUUUGCGCUCACGGACCAGGUGGACGCAAAACUCAUCUCAUGGAAAGGCACAAAGUCAGACAACUUGCGGGCACUGCUUGGAUCGUUGGACAAAGUUCUCUGGCCCGAGGCGGGGUGGAAGAAAGUCAACAUGGGCGAUUUGGUCAUGCCGAACAAAGUCAAGAUCGUCUACAUGAAGGCGAUUGCAAAGGUGCAUCCUGACAAGAUCUCACAAGCAGCGACAAUCGAGCAGAAGAUGAUCAGUGCAGCCGUCUUUGCGACACUCAACGAAGCUUGGGAUAAGUUCAAGACGGACAACAACUUGUAG